AUGCAGCAAAACGGGAUCAGUAGUGUGAAUCAGCUAGGGGGGAUCUUUGUGAAUGGGCGACCUCUGCCCCAGGGUACCCGGCAGCAGAUUGUGAAGCUGGCAGUCAGUGGAGUUCGGCCCUGUGACAUCUCCAGAAGCCUCAAGGUAUCUAAUGGCUGUGUGAGCAAGAUUCUGGGGAGAUACUACCGCACAGGUACCCUGGAACCCAAGGGCAUUGGGGGAAGCAAGCCUCGCCUGGCUACACCUCCUGUGGUAGCUCGUAUUGCCCAGCUCAAGGGUGAGUGCCCAGCUAUCUUUGCCUGGGAGAUCCGUCACCAGUUAUGUGCUGAAGGGCUCUGCACCAAAGACAGGACACCCAGUGUCUCCUCCAUCAACCGCAUUCUGAGGGCCUUACAAGAGGACAAGAGGCUUCCCUGGGCCCAGCUCACACUGCCAGAUUUCCCUGCUCCAGGUCUCUACUUUGCCCAGAGUGGUUCUGAGACAGCCCAGGAGACUAAGCCAGGCACACGUCAGCGAAAUCGAACUGUCUUCUCCCCAUAUCAGGCUGCUGCCCUGGAAAAAGAGUUCCAGAGAGUACAGUAUCCUGAUCCAGCUACCCGGGGGAAGCUAGCUGCUGCCACCUCUCUGCCUGAGGCUACAGUAAAGGUUUGGUUUUCCAACCGAAGAGCCAAAUGGCGAAGGGAAGAGAAAUCGAAGUGGGAAACUCAAUUCCCAGGUGCUUGCCCCUUGAUCCUGAACUCUCCAGGUAUUCUAAGUCCACACUCCGUGUUCUGA